AUGUCUGAGUUGGUAGUCUCGCCUUACUCUUACCUCAUCCCAUCACUCGUAUGUAUCGCCCAUCGCCCACGAAUCGCCCACCUCUCCCAGCGUACUUGGGCCGGCCCAUUAACGCGAUCGUUGGCGCAAGCCCUUGACGCGCGAUCCUCCCAAUGCCUGCACUCCUCCCGUCCUCGCGCCGCCGUCCUCUUCUUCUCUCCGAUCUCCUCUCCCUGCCCGACUCCUCGGCGCCCCGGGACCUGGCCGACGCCUGCGACUCCUCGGGACCCCGCCGCCCCGCCCCCGCCGUCACAUCCGAGGCGGCGAGGAGCUGGCCUGAACUCGAUCGCCGAUCUCCUCGCCCUACCUGCCGCCGCCGCCGUCACAUCCGAGGCAGUGAGGAGCCGGCCUGACCUUGACCCUCCCCGGCCGCUGCAUCCUUAUGAGCGCCACGAACACCACCCCAGCAGCAGCCACCAGCGGGAUGCCGCCACAAUCUUCCAGCCCCCAGGCACCAUCGGCACUGGGCCCGCCGCCCCAGCGGACGACCUCGGCGACAGCAGCCGCAUGGCGGUCGACAGGUGCGGUACCUUUCUGGUGGCGCUAGGGUUCGACCCAACGUCGCCCUGGGGAGUGACUUCUCUAAAGGAAAAUCUAAAGUGAAAUUCAAAAGAUGUAGAUAUAUAAUAGUGCAGGUAAAUGUGAACCCCAUAGCUAGCAAUAUCCUUAUAUCCAGUAUCUUGAAGGUUCUCUAAAUAUUUAUUCUAUUCACCAACUGUGUGUGCUACUGUCAGACGAGGCAUUAUGACUCGAUGACCCUGCUUUUGCAUCUACUAUCCAUUGUGCAGCUACACACAGGAAGCUUGUAACUUGUUCUGGCUUAGUUCGUAGGCUUAUUAUUACAUUCUUAGUGCAAUGGUUUCAGCCUAUGGUAAGAAACUCUUGAGUGAAAAAUGUUACAAAUAAAUCUGGGUGGACAAAUGUUAAUCAUGUCUAUGAAAAAGACCAUUGUCAACUGCUAUUCAUGUGCAGGAUUCAUCAAUUGUUCAUCAUGGAGACAAUUGAAUCGAGGGUUGUUGGAAUCCCUACAGGUGUUAUACCUCAUACUUGUUGGACUGUUCUACAAAUUUUAAAAUUAAAAAAUGCAUGGCAGUCUCUUGGUCACCUAUCUAUAUAUGCUUCAGACUUAAGGGCUUACACCAUAUUGCAUGGGAGGCUCAUAGGAAAAAUGGUUUUAAGUUCUUUAUAUUUAUUUUACGCAAAGGCCUUUCUCUAUUUUUCAUACUUAUUAAUGGGUAUAUUUAAGGCCCAGUGAUUUGUUCAAGCACAACUAUACAUCUAGAACCUCUGGUUGUGUCCUGUAUCGAUUACUUGUGAACUGCACAAAGGCCAAUAUAGUUCCUAACUAUU